AUGGGGGUCAUAGAGCGGCCAUGCACCGAGAGAGCAAGAGUGUCACACUCUUGCCGACGGAUUGGCGCAGAAGUUGUCCGGCCGACGGGGACUGAGCGUGGGGCCAACGUGGGGCUGAACGUGCCAGCGGUGGAAGUGCGCUUCGAGGACGUGAACGCCGAGGCGGGCGUGUACGUCGGCAUGCGCGCGCUGCCCACGUUCCUCAACUUCACGCGCAACUCUCUCGCCAUGAGCGGCGCUGCGGUCGCUGCGCGUGGUGCCGGACUCGCGGCGCCCGUAUCCGAUCCUGCACGGGUGUUCAGGCGUGCUGCGGCCGGGCCGCGGCCAGGCGCCAGCAAGUCAACGCUCAUGCAAGUGCUACCAGGCUGCCCCGACAAGUCGCUCAAGGUGUCGGGCAGCGUGACCUAUAACAGGUAUGUUUUUAGCGAGUUCGUACCAGAGCGCACAGUAGUGUACAUGCCGCAAAACGACAAGCACAUCGGCGAGAUGACCGUCCGGGAGACCCUCGACUUUGCCGCGCACCUGCAGGGCCCGUGGCUCAGGAAAGACCUAGUGGCGGAGCUAGAAAAGCGAGAGGGGGAGCAGGGCAUUGUGCCGGACCCCACUAUGGACGCCAUCACGAAGGCAAUGGCGCUCGAGGGCAAUCCCACCAACGUCAUCACAGACUAUGUGCUCAAGGGGCAGACAACUUCGCCUCGGCGGGAACGGGCGGGGCAGCAGGCGCGAGGACACGGCCAGCCUGAGUCACCGACGACGGCGCAGAUCGAGGUGCGGGAAGAGGCGACAUCCCCACAGCCGCAGGCGCCGGGGACGAUGAGGCAGGAGGGGCACUUGCGGCCGACGCCACGGCAAAAGGCCGUGGCGAGUACGAAUAAUACUCGUCGCCAAUCGACACGGGCAUCGCGGGGCGGACGAGGGUGCGGACGAGGAGGAGCGAUUGGAAGGGGAGGCGGACCGGAGAAUGGCUUCCAGAGGGAAGCACGCCGCGCCUUAACUCGAAGAGUGGAAGACGAUGAAGCUGAGGAGGAGGGGAGAGACCCUACCUUUAUAGCAGAGGUGGUGGAAGAAUCCACCACGGAAGAAUCGGGGGAGCUAGUGGAGGAGGAACGGGAAGGCAGGCGCCGGGGAAACCCAACACCAUGCCGAGCCGCCCCAAUACCAGCUGCAGCAGGUGGCGAAUCGAAACAGCCAGGACCGGACACCACCGCAUCAGAGACCCGCCAAUUCUCGCCUGAACAACUGGCCAAGGACUUGAUGCCAUAG